AUGGAACGAACAAAACGGCAAUUAGAUGACAUUGUUCACGAUUUUAAUAACAACAAAAAACAAAAAUUAUUAGUAACAACAAAUAAAUCUUAUUUUGAAAAUUUAGCAAACGAAACAAUUUAUGAAAUAUUUGAAUAUCUUGAUGUUUACGAUGUUUAUCAUGGAUUCUUUUAUCUUAACAAUCGAUUUAAAAAUUUACUUAUUAAUUUCAAUAUUCCUUUUCAAAUAAAUCUUUCAACAAUAUCAAAAUCCGAUUUUGAACUUUAUAAUAAAAAUGUUAUUAAACCAAAUAAAUAUCGAAUAAAUAUUCUUCGAUUAUCUAAUCCAUUUACAGUUGAUAUUAUUUUUUCACCACCACGUAUUAUUUGUGAUUUUAUUCAACUUGAAAAAUUAAUUUUUGAUAAUAUGAAUUCAAAAUAUCUUAAUAAUAUUCUUAAACAUUUAAUACAUUUACCUAAAUUACAUUCAUUAAUUCUUUCUCCUAUUGAUUACAUUCAAGAUCCAAGUAUUCUUUUUCUGCAUAUAUUUCGUUUAUCAAAAUUAAAAUAUUGCAAAUUAACAUAUCGAAUAAAAGAUAAAGAAAAAGCAUUACCUAUAGAUUUUCAUGGAUGUAAACACAGUUCUAUUGAAUAUCUUAUGAUUAAUAGUUAUUUUCGAUAUGAAUCAUUUAAUGGUUUAUUCAAUUAUCUUCCAAAACUUCGUCAUUUAACAAUUAAUAAUGUUGUUGGAUCGGAUAAUUCACAGAUAGAAUAUUAUCCAAUUGUAUUAAAAGAUUUAAAAUAUGUUUCAUUUAAACUUAAUUCGAUUCAUUUCUACCAAUUUGAAGAGUUAGUUAAAAACUUCUUUAAUCAUAUUGAAAUUUUACAAAUAUCAACAUUUGAUGCUCACACAUAUUCACAUGGAAGACAAUGGGAAGAAUUAAUUUUAUCUUCAAUGCCAAAUUUACGUAUUUUUGAUUUAAAAAAUGAUUAUUCUGGAAUAAUGCAAAAUUUCUUCUAUAUUUGUUCAAGUGGUCAAUUUGCAUCGAAGUUUUGGACUGAAAAACAAUGGUUUUUUGCACAUCAACAUGAUUCACACGACAAAUCUUAUAAUGGAAUAUUUUAUUCAACAAAUCCAUAUCGGUAA